GAAGAACGAUUUUAUAUUAAACAAUACAAAAUGUUCAAAGUUUUAUUAAUUUUGUCAACAAUCGUUACCCUUACGAUCUGUGGUGAAGCUAAUUUAAAUCGAACGGAUUUGAAAUGCAGUGGACGUGUUCAUUACAAUGUUACAUUGACCGCAUAUUAUCCUGAAUAUUUGAGCGACAAUGAAAUUGAUUAUUUGGAUAUCAGGGGAAAGAAAUUAAAAACACUUCAGGAUUACAUAGAUGGACGUGAGACUUAUGUUACCGCAAGUAUGGAUUUAUUAGGUACUGGUCUCAAAUAUGGUUCUCAUUUGUGUAUACCUGAAUUAAAUGAACACUUUGGUAGGCGCAUUCCUUUACAGGCACGCGACUAUGAUAGCAACAUGAGUGGUAAAAAAUUUUCUAGAAUUGACAUUUGUGUUAGAACUGAUGUAGACAGUUAUGAUCAAGCUGUGAAUCGUCUUGUCACUUUAUAUAUAUGAUCAUACUAAUCAUAAAAAGAAAAGAUAAACAAUUCAACGAAUAAAAAUUAAUUCGCAUAAAUGUUACAAAUCUGACAAAUUAAUUUAAUGAAAUGUAAUUAAUAAUAUUCACAAAUUUCAUAUAUAUAUAUACGUAGUUUAAAAAAUUAUAAUGUAUUCUCU